AUGUCGUCUUCAAACUCCCUCAUGGACAGCUUGUUCCAGCGCAGCCUCGAGGAUCUAAUCAAAGGCCUACGCCUCGGAGAAUCCAAUUUCAUCUCCAGAUCCCUAGAAGAGAUCCGCCGCGAGAUCAAAGCCACAGAUCUCUCCACCAAAUCCGUCGCCCUCCAGAAACUCUCCUACCUCGCCGCUCUCCACGGCGUCGACAUGACCUGGGCGGCUUUCCACGCCGUGGAGGUCGUUUCCUCGUCUCGAUUCGCUCACAAGCGAAUCGGUUACCACGCGAUCGCUCAGUCGUUUAACGAUCAGACUCCGGUUCUGCUUCUGAUCACGAACCAGAUUCGAAAGGAUCUGAAUAGUUCGAAUGAGUAUGAGGUGAGUCUCGCUUUGGAGUGUUUGGCUAGGAUUGGGAGUGAGGAUCUAGCUAGGGAUUUGACUUCUGAGGUGUUUACGUUGUUAGGUAGUAGUAAGGGUUUGGUUAGGAAGAAAGCUAUUGGUGUGGUUUUGAGAGUGUUUGAUAAGUAUCCUGAUGCUGUUAAGGUUUGUUUUAAGCGUCUCGUUGAGAAUCUCGAGAGUUCUGAUCCUCAGCUUUUAUCUGCUGUGGUUGGUGUGUUCUGUGAACUUACAAGAAAGGAUCCAAGAUCUUAUCUUCCUUUAGCUCCAGAGUUUUACAAGAUUCUUGUGGAUUCGAGGAAUAAUUGGGUUUUGAUUAAGGUUCUUAAGAUAUUUUCCAAGUUGGCUUUUAUUGAGCCUAGGUUGGGUAAGAAGGUGGCUGAUCCGAUUUGUGAACAUAUGAGGAAACAGAAUGUGGGGAAGUCUUUGUUGUUUGAGUGUAUUAGAACCGUGUUUAGUAGCUUGAGUGAUCAGGAGACAGCUUUGAAGCUUGCGGUUGUUAAGAUUAAGGAGUUUCUUGUGGAUGAUGAUCCGAAUCUUAAGUAUCUCGGUCUUCAUGCCUUGACGAUUGUUGCUGGAAAGCAUUUGUGGGCUGUUCUGGAGAACAAGGAAGCUGUUGUGAAGGCUAUGAGCGAUGAGGAUCCGAAUGUUAAACUCGAGGCGUUGCAUCUUUUAAUGGCUAUGGUGAAUGAAGAUAACGUGACGGAGAUAUCCCGGAUUCUUAUGAACUAUGCGUUAAAGUCUGACCCUUUGUUCUGCAACGAGAUUAUUGGUUCCGUUCUAGUGGCAUGCUCGAGGAAUUCGUAUGAGAUCAUAGUUGACUUUGAUUGGUACUUGUCUCUUCUCGGUGAAAUGGCUAGAGUCCCAUAUUGUCAAAGAGGGAAAGAAAUUGAGUAUCAGUUGAUUGAUAUCGGUACGAGGGUUAAAGAUGCUAGAAUGGAGCUAGUUCGGGUUUCUAGAGCGCUGGUCAUUGAUCCUGCGUUGCUUGGUAAUCACUUCUUACACCCGAUAUUAUCCGCAGCUGCUUGGGCUUCAGGGGAAUAUGUCGAGUUCUCUAAGGCCCCUUAUGAGAUUGCCGAGGCGCUUCUGCAACCACGUACUUGUCUUUUACCACCUUCCAUUACAGCAAUCUACAUACAUUCAGCUCUCAAAGUUCUUGUCUUCAGUCUCGGUGUAUACUUCUCAGCCCAGGAUCCCACGUCCUCGACCCUGGCUCAGGAGUCUACUAGCUCUGGCUCUUCAGUGGUGAACGGUUUCACAUAUAGCUCCAUCUCGAGUUUGGUGAAUAUGAUUGAGUCGGGAUUGACCUCGUUAUCCGGUACCAUUGACGUGGAAGUGCAGGAGAGAGCUAAGAGCGUUCUAGGCUUCAUUGGUAUGAUAAAGCAUGAAAUGGCUGAGAAAGCAACCUCCCAAGACACUGAAACAGAAGCUCGUAAAGCUAUAGCAUUCAUGGAAGAUGUCUUCUCAGAAGAGCUUGGCCCUGUUUCUUCAACUGCACAGGAAAAAGUUCCUCUACCAGAGGGGUUAGAGCUUAACGAGAAUCUUGAAGGUCUCCAAGAGAUUUGCAGAGAAGUUCUGGAACCAAUCGCCGAAUCAAACUCAUCUUCUUUCUACUCCUCAGACAAAGUCAGCUUCUCUGUUGCUAAACUCAGAAUCAGAGAUCAAGAAGAAGCCUCAUCGUCUUUACCUCCUCCGCUGGAAUCUUCAUCCUUACUCGCAGAACACAGAAAACGCCAUGGCCUUUACUAUCUCUCCUCUCAGAAAGCCGACGACCACAAUGAUGGAGAUGGCAACGAUAAUAACACAUCAAACGAAUACCCACCAGCGAAUGAGAUAUCUGUGGACUCGUUUAAACCCAAGAAAAAGAUAUCAAAACCAAGACCUGUAGUGGUGAAACUGGACGAAGGAGAUGAACCAAAGACAAAGCCAGACGCUAGUAGUAGUAGUAACGGUGAGCCUUUGUCACGUGCGAUCCAAACCGCUCUUAUGGGGAAAGGCAAGGAGAAGGAAAGUGAAAAAGACAACCACGAGAUACAUCUUGAUACAGAGAACACCGAACAGAGCUCGAGAAGAGAGAAUAAGAAGAAGAAGAAGGAGAAGAAGAAGAAAAAUGGUGAGAGUAGUAAGAAUAGAUCACGACGACAAAGAGACGAAGAAGCAAGUGUAACAAAACCAGUCGAAGUCCCAGAUUUGCUCUUAUGA